AUGUCUUCUGGUAAAGACUUGGAAAUGAUCAAAAUGAAAGACAGUGAAGAGGAAAGUCGUCUUCAGGAAAAGUUAGUCGAUAGCGGACCUCCGAAUCAAGAGGCCUUGAAGGUGAGCAUUAAAAUUAGCAUUAGUUUUCUGUCUGAACGUCUUUACUUUUAAAC